AGAAUUGGUGUGGGUUGAAUAACUAUUGAUAAUCAUGAAGAAUUUUGCCUUAGCAAUUCUUGUUGUUACCUUUGUAGUCGCGGUAUUUGGGAAUACCAACCUAGAUCCGCCUACUCGACCUACGCGCCUUCGCCGUGAAGCUAAACCGGAAGCUGAACCCGGCAAUAAUCGGCCAGUAUAUAUUCCACAACCAAGACCACCUCAUCCGCGCCUUCGCCGUGAAGCUGAACCGGAAGCUGAACCCGGUAAUAAUCGGCCAGUAUAUAUUCCACAACCAAGACCACCUCAUCCGCGCCUUCGCCGUGAAGCUGAACCGGAAGCUGAACCCGGCAAUAAUCGACCAGUAUAUAUUCCACAACCAAGACCACCUCAUCCGCGUCUUCGCCGUGAAGCUAAACCGGAAGCUGAACCCGGCAAUAAUCGACCAGUAUAUAUUCCACAACCAAGACCACCUCAUCCGCGUCUUCGCCGUGAAGCUGAACCGGAAGCUGAACCCGGCAAUAAUCGACCAGUAUAUAUUCCACAACCAAGACCACCUCAUCCGCGAAUCUAAUUUAUGAAGAAUAUGAAGCACGUGAAAUAUCAAAUAUUUAAUAAAAUAUUUUUAUUCGAUUCAUUAUAAAAUAUUGUAUGUAAUGCUAAUUUUAAAAUAAAUUUGAUUUUAUUAUUAUAAAAUCUA